GUCACAUUUUGUCGUUUUGCACGAAAAGGACGUUUGUUUUGUUUGUGUCGAAGUCUAAUCAUGCUUCUUCACUGCGUGUUGUUUUCUAUCUGCGUGCUCGUAGCCGAGACUACACUUAAUCGUGAUCAAACAUUACCAUCUAGUGAUCGCACAUUGACAUUACAAGUCUUCUGGAUGCAAUCGUCACAUCUUGAACAAAAAACAAAACAAAAAAACAAAAAAAAAACGGCGCAUUCUCGACAUCAUCACCAAUCAGACCAUAUUCACUCUUUUCAUGAACACUUGUGACGAUGACGAGAGCAAAGUAAGGACGCUUCAUAAUAGCCGAGGUCCAAACGGGCCAUUAAAAGUCAUUAGAGGGAAAUAUUUGGCUCGGGAACAAAGUCUUCUUUCUUUGCGCAUAGAGGCCACCUGUGAAGGAUUGCGCCGGUCGCAUUGAAGUCGACUGACAAGAUUUACUGUAACCGUAAGGGGAUGACGGUCGCACUGCAUAUCGAGGAUUAGUUGAAUUAAAGCUCACAUGGUUGAACGCAUUCAGGGCUUAAUCUGCGACACAAAGAAGGGAAUAAUCUCCCCUUUUUGGUCCUCCCCAAAAAAAAUGAGGUGAAAUGUUGUCACUGGAGAGAACAGUCGAUCACGAAACACGCUUGUCGUUCGAGGCCUAUCCAGUCAGACAAAUGAUGCAUCAUGGGAAAUGUUGGAUCUGGUGUCUUGGGGGGCACUUGAGGACACGAGUUGUUCAAGUCUGAGCCAGAAUAGGUCUGAGAGUUGUCUUUUUGUUUGGGUUUGAGUGCAACGCUCGCAUCGGCCCCCGCGGACGUGAGCUUUGUCGUGUCCAGAGUGGCGUUACAUAAGCCGCGUUUGGAUUUAUUUCUCCUUGUCGCUAGCAAACACAUUGUGACAGGAUAAACGAGCGAAUAACCAAUGCGAGCCCUUCGCCGGAGCCGCAUGUGGCCUAUUAAUAGUCCUGGCCCGGACUCAGCUGCAACCCAACUCCAUCUGUUCAGUCACGUCGCCUCUCCCUCGCUCGCCCCCUUCUCCAGUGUCCCGCGGCCAGGCCGAGGGCACUGCGCUCCGCGGCAGGAGAGGCCGACAGCUGGCUCUCGGACCCUCGCGCACCAUGGAGGCUCUGUCCAUUCCGCUCCCGGAGGAGGACGGGUUGUCUUUAGCCAGGCGGGAACGUGAAGGUGAAGAGGUCAGGAUGGAGGCCUUCUCCUCUUGGGGCUCUUCGACGGACGGGCAAUGGGAGGAAACCCCCACCGUCCGCAGGAGGGUGUCCUUCGCCGACGCCUUCGGCCUGGACCUGGUGUCCGUCAAGGAGUACGACGACGUCGCCGCCGCCGAGGACGAGGAGGUCGGCGAAAGGGAGGCGCCGGCGCAAGAGGAGUUCCACCUGUCGUGUCUGUUUGCGGCGCCCCCGUCCGAGGAGGAGCUGCUGCGGCGGCUGGAGGGCCAGAUGGCGGAGCUGGAGAGCGUGGAGCUCCUCCCGGGGACCACCACCCUCCGAGGCUGCGUCCGGGUCCUCAACCUCUGCUUCAGCAAGUCCGUCUACGCCCGCAUCACGCUGGACAGCUGGAAGAGCUACUUUGACCUGCCGGCCGACUACGUGCCCGGAUCGAGUGAUCGCAAAACCGACCGCUUUACCUUCCAGUACACCCUGGUCCCUCCGCUGGAGAAAGCGGGGACCCGGGUUGAGUUUUGUCUGCGCUACGAGACGUCGGCCGGGACUUUUUGGGCCAACAACCGGGAGAUGAACUACGUCAUCUUCUGCCACCGGAAGAGUCCCGCCAAGCAGCAGGUGCACGAGGACCCGAAGAGGAAACGGAGCUGCCUUCGAGCCAACAGGAGGGCGAGCGCGCAGGAAAAGGAGAAUACGGACACAGUGACCCUUGCCGCAGAAACCGAGGCCCCACGUGAAGCGGAGGGCACGAGGGCCGAGGGCCGCAGGUUAUUUUUCCCCGCUGAACGCAAACCGAUGGCGGCGGGCCUAAAAAGCCGACAGCGAGCGGCGCGCUUGAUGCACGUGAAAGAAAUCUUCUCCCAGAGGUGGGGGCAAGCUUCCUCGCGUCAGCCCGCCGACGCCCCGCAGCCCUCGGGGGAGUUUUUGCUUCAACGCCAACGGAAACAAGUGCUGACCUAUCACCAAAUUCCCCUGAUUACAUUGGACUGGGACAACGAGAAGCAGCCGCAGUGGAUGAGCUCCAACGUGGAUAAUAUCCGGACUGGGAGAGCCAAAGUCACCUUGUCCAAAGCAUCCGAGGAAAAUGUCAAAGGUGCGCUGUCAGUCAAUGAUAUUUGGACCAACUUUCUCAAUGGGGAAGGUGCGAGCCCUGACAAUGAAAGCUCCGUGUGCGACGUCUGGCAGGCGUUUAUUCGCGGGCCUCCCUAUGAGGGCGACGGCGGCGUCCCCGAGUCGGAAUGGUUGCAGAGCGCGGCUUCGGUUCCCCCGGCCAACGAGAACCAGCACGGACCUCAGAAGGUGCGGCCGGCCACCUUGGCAGCCUCAGCUGUCGGUCAGGCGUCGUCACAUGCUUCGCCGGCUCACGUUUCCUUGGACUCCGAGCCCCGCCAGCUCUCAGAGAUACGUGUCGGCGGAGGUGAAAACAGAGUGGCGCUUGGGUCGUGCACCCGGCCUGUCGCUGGCAGUGACAGUUCAAGUGAGUGUCACGAGCGCAAAGAAGACCGGAUAAAAGGAGGACUCAAAGGAGACGAAGCCUCCAUGCAGCUCGCGGCUGCCGGACCAACGAGCCGGAGGGGGUCGAGGACAUCAGACGUGACUGCAGGGGCUCAGAAGGCCAGUGGCGACGGUGAUCGGAUUUUGCCGGGAGAAAGCCCGGAAUGGGAAGACACGGAUGACAUGGUGGCAUCCAGGGACACAAAAAAACAAGGGGCGGCGGACGGAGCCGCAAUGCACCGUAUGCGUGCCGUCACAUCCACGGAAGAGGAAGUAGUCGGGUCUCCGAAAAAUGAGCCGUGCGAAAAUCAAACGGAAAACAGCCCGCUUGAGCCAAACGAAAGCUGCGGAAUAAAACCUGCAGAGCGAUCCGAUCUGGAGCAAAUAGGAGGUGUUGACUCAAAGACUGAAGCCGCGGCUUCACCUCAUCAGAAAGAAACGUUUAAUUGCACACUUCGGGCAAACAAUGACGAAUUGGGUUCACCGGGUGUCGUCAUCUCCGACACAACCUCCAUCAUGAGAGAAAAAUGGGACAGCCGUACGGAUCCGUCAACGAAAAACGUCCAUGACAAGCUUUUCUAUCCGGAUCAACGUUGGGGAUCGACCCAUGCGGAGGAACGAGGCGACAGCCCAGCAAGGAGCGAGAUGUCAAGAGAGCUUUGGAACCAAACCGAAUCAUCCGAAAGAGUCAACUUCGAUCGGGACCUGGAGGGCACCGGUGCGAAGAGCGAGGAAUCGGACCCUAUUGUGGCCAAAGCUUUCGAAGCGAUUGAGUCCAGACAAACCGGAGACGAUUCCGUCAGGGGAGUCCACGGUCACGUCCGAGCCAAGGCAAACGAUAACGUAGUGGCGAGAGUUGACCAGGAUCCAUCUGGACGCAACGAGAUCUCCACAGAGGAAAGCGUGAAGUCGACACGCGGUCCCUCCGGUGGCUUCAUGUGGUGGAGCGUGCUGUACAUCCUGAGUCACAUCACCCGAAUUGUCACCUGCAGCCUGCCGGUCGCCGGGUUUGUCGUGGUGGUGGUGGUCCUGUACGACUUCCCGGCAUUCUUUGCGGUCUACGUGUUUUCCAUGGCCUGGUGGUUUUGCAAGUGGAGAGGCGCUCGGGGGGCAACAAACAAGGCGGAUACGAUCCCCCCGGUGGCGGCGUAUGAUGCCGGGGACGCGUUGGCUCUGUUGCUGGGAACUGUCGUCGCCAUGGUGGGCUUCUGCGCCUGCCUGGGCUGGUACACGCGGAAGCGGAACAGACUGCUGCAGUGA